UUGAAAGGAAAGGAAAUGUUUCGCAUCCUCAUCAUCUUUCUACCGUUCAUUACCACUGUCGUACUUGCAUCCAAUUACACCUUAUCAUUCCGAUCCAGCAAUGUAGUGGCGAAUCUCGAUACCACAACCAGGAAACUAAUUGUGGAACGCAAUGGAAAACCAGUGCAAACGAUUCUCAUGAAUCACGAUAUCGAAUCUGAUGCUGCCUUCGGACUGCUAGAUAACGGAUUCAAGUUACUGAACGCUGACAGGGAAGUUACCGAGUUCACCAUCGACUGGGAUGGAGAGGACUUCUCGCUGUUCACCGUUGCACGGCGAAGUCGCCAUCACUCCCGAAUUGUAGUGGAUUGCCUCAAACUCGGCGUGGAUGUAAACUGGUUCGGUGGACCGAUGCAGGCCUUGCAGUACUGGCCGGUCCAGAAACAGAAGUUCAACGAGUACUCCUACAUCAAUAAAGCCGACGAUAGCUGUUGCAUUGCGGAACGGUACUGGUUGAACUCGCUGGGAUCCUUUGUCUUCGUGGACGAAGAUGCUCCCCUGUUUAUCGAUCAGAACUAUGGUCAACCGGGUUAUCUGUGUUUGGAGGCGAAGAAAUCGCUGCCGUUCGACAUCUACGACGAUACGUACUCUUUCGUGUACCAGAUUGGGAUUGGUAGAGACGCACGGGGAGCUCACAUGGGAGCUAUUCAGAAGAUCCUAGGCAGGCCGAGUGGUCAUCCAGCGGAAGCAAUGGUCAAGUAUCCGAUUUGGUCGAGUUGGGCUCGCUUCAAAAAGGAAAUCAACGAUUCCGUGCUCUACGUGUAUGCGAAUGACAUCUACAAAUACGGCUGGAGCAAUGGGCAGAUAGAAAUCGACGACGACUGGGAGAUGUGCUACGGAUCGCUGCAGCCCGAUAGUUUGAAGUUUCCUCGCAUGAGACACACCGUUGGGGUGUUGAAGGCGAAGGGUUUUCCCAGGAUUACACUUUGGGUGCAUCCAUUCAUCAACAGGGAUUGCGAAGCAGUGUACUCCGAGGCACUUCGCAACGACUAUCUGGUCAGAAACCACGACGGACAGACGGAAGCGCAAUGGUGGAACAGUGAACCGGAUGGGUCGGUGCAUUUGGACUUUACUAAGUCGGAGGUUGCGGAAUGGUUUACAGAACGUCUGAAAUCCAUUCAAACGGAAUUUGGCGUCAACGGGUUUAAAUUUGAUGGAGGCGAACCCAAUUAUAUGCCGGCGGAUCCAGUGUUAAACGGUCCUCGCUCCAAGCAUCCGUUUUUAAUUACGGACGGAUAUCUUAGGACGGUGGCCAAGUUCGAAAACCUGGCGGAAGUUCGUUCGGCUCGUCGAACUCAAGAUCUACCGAUCUUCGUUCGGAUGAACGACAAAUCUUCCGCGUGGGGAUGGUCGAAUGGGCUUCAGACGUUGAUUCCCACACUGCUGAUGAUGAACAUGGUCGGGUAUCCGUUCGUGUUGCCGGAUAUGGUCGGCGGGAACGGUUACUUCAAUCAAUAUCCUAGUAAGGAGAUGUUCAUCAGGUGGCUGCAGGCCACCGUAUUUAUGCCAAGCAUUCAGUUUUCCUACGUGCCGUGGGAGUAUGACGAGGAGACUGUGCGGAUUUCCAAGAAAAUGACCGAUUUACAUGAGAAAAUUACUCCGAAGAUCAUGGAGAGAUUUAAGCUUGCUGUAUCCGACGGUCAUCCAGUGAAUCCACCCAUCUGGUGGGUGUCUCCAGAUGAUUUUGAGGCCCAGAAGGUGUUUGAUCAGUUCAUGCUUGGAGAGGACAUCAUUGCUGCGCCGGUCGUUCAGAACAAUGUCCGGGCUAGGGAUAUCUACCUGCCUAAGGGAGAAUGGGUCGAUGGGAAUAUUGCUACCGUUUACGUUGGACCUCGAUGGAUUCGGAACUACACGGUACCAUUGAAUAUUCUGCCGUAUUUCGUGAGAAAGGGUGUCAAAAUUCACUAAAAGUGGUUCCGUACACAUGUCUUCACGAUCGCGAUAGUAAAUUAGAUUUUAUUAAUCAAUUAAUCCGGAAA